GAAAUCGCAGAGGGGGAGUGGUCACGUGAGUGCAGUACUCUUUCUUUCUCUCUAGCGAAGAUGAAAGAGACUGCCGUAGCGCGUAUUCCCUCUCUUAUUUCUGGAGAGAGAAAAUCGUAACGUCAUUUUGAAAGCUGAGCGCUCUCUCUCGGUUCUCUCUCUUUAGCCUCCCUCCGUUCCCCAGAUGAACAUUUUGGUUUCAAACCCUUGAAAUUCCCUCUCUUCUCUCAUCUUCUUUUGUCUUCUCUCGAAGUUGGGUUUUGCUAGGGUUCCAAUCCUUUGUUUUAUGCUUUUUAAAAAUGGCGGAGUUUCCUCCAAAUUUGGAUGAUGGAGAACUAUGGCUUCCUUCUGAUAUUUUCCCAGAGGAAGUUCCUUCUAAAUUUGGGACCCAUCACUUGCCUUCUGAGUUCGCUUACAUGAGCGACAUCGCUCGGCAAUUUGCUGCAUUCACUUUGCUUCAGCCGCCCCAGACCCAUCCUAAACAUCCUCUUAACUUGGCACCAAGUUUGGAGCGGUUGAGACCGAUGAUUAGGUAUGGGCCGUAUGGCCGUCCCGGUUGUAGCACCACUGUUGCAGUAACUGGAAUUGGUGACAGCCCUUGUGUGUGUGACAGUCCUUGUGGGUGUGACUGCCGACUCCGGAGCUGCUGGGACGGUGGUAGGCCGUUGUACGAGUACCGCAAUGUGAAACCGCCUCAACCCCAGGUCGAUAGCUUUCUGCAAACAAGGACUUUGGCUUUGCAGAGGCACCAAAACCGCUUUCAGAACCGGUCUUUGCCGUUUCAGAGAAGCGGGUCUGGGUUGGGUGGUGGUGGUGGUGGUGGUGGUUUUGGUUUUGUGAGAAAAUAUGGAGGGACAGGUGUGUUUCUUCCCCGUAUUUCAUCCACAACCACCACUUCUCCAAACCCCACCGCCACUGAUGACUCUAGAAAGAAACAAGGCAUGAACAAUUGGCAUGGGAUGCAAGUCAGUUUACCGAGGAAACCAAUCAUGAAUGGCAUUGGUGGGGGAAAACAAGAGGAGUGCAUCCGCCAGCUUCCUCCUGAGCUUGCCUUGCCUCAAGACUGGACCUACUGAGUUCCUCUUCUUCCUUGUAAAGAGUUACUCUAGUGGCUGUGGAACAUAAGGAAAUAAGAGCUCUAAGCAGGACAGAAGUCAAAUAAUCAUUUGGGUUUUGUGUAGAACUAAUAGAAAUUACUAUUAAAGCUGAAGUGGGUAAUCCUUUCUUUUAGUAAGGCUAUAACUUUGUAGAAUAAAUAAUGGGUUUGAAGCUUUUUGUAGGAAUUUGCAUUGUUUCGUUAUUUACAUUACUGUCAGCCCUCGGAAAACAUUGUUUCUGCCCUAUUGUUUUCUUCUUUGUGCAGUAUUGAAUGCUUAUAGCUGGAAUAACACAGCACUGCUAAAAGGACUAUUGCUUCU